UAAACCAAGCCGUUGUUACUUGAUGCUUUUAGCGUGCAAAGUGUAAAUAACCUAAGCAGCUUCAAGUUUCUUCUAUUUCUAUAAAAUAAGAAAAAUUUAUCAACAAUUAUUUGAACAAUGAGUAAAUCUAAAUUUAAUCCAUUUAAAUUUACUGAAUACGUUACUAGAAGUAAAAUAUUACCAAAAUGUCGUACCGAGCCAAUACUUUAUUGCGAUGGGAAAAAUUUCUACAGUUUCAAAAUCAGUUCUCUUGAUUUGAUGGUCUUCAGUUUGGAGACACGACAAUGGAAGUUUAUGAAUCAAGGAAACCGUUUAUUAUUUCCACUGGACAGCAUUCUUGCAGCGGCUUUUCAUCAAAGAAAAUUAAUUAUUCUAACUUUUCAAAAAACUUUACUUUCUCCAGUUGUGACCAGUAAAUUACAUGAAUUUGAUUUGGACACGGAAACUAUGCGCGUAGUUCCAUUAACUGGAGACAUACCAACGCCCAUGUUUCCAGUUAAUUUUAUUUCCCAUGAAAAUUAUUUUUACACAAUCGGAGGUUCUAAGGAUGGCGAAGACUGUGCUGACGUUUACCGGCUUGACACAACUAAUUUGAAAUGGGAGUGUGUUUAUAAAUGUACCGGAAAAGAUCCUAAUGAGCCGUACUUCAGUGGCCAUAAUUUGGUAUUCGAUGGACGACAAAUAUUUCUUCUUCGUCCAGCCGUUGAUCUCCGGACUAUAUUUAUGGGUCGGCCUGUAAUCAACGAAAGCUUUACGAAAAUUCCUGCCUUCGAUUUGAUCAGUCGUAAGUGGAAAAAAUUUGACACUUAUGGAGAUAAAAGACACAAGCCGCGUUUUCCAAAAAAAGAAAGAGACGCAUAUGCAGUUGCGCAGUAUGAUGAUCCGGCAACUGGUGAUACAAGUGUUAUCAUAUCAGGUGGAGAGAAAGAUUAUUAUGUUUACAAUGAUGUUUGGAAGCUGAAUCUCAGGAGUUUUCAAUGGACUUGCUUGGAAAAAUCAGGAACCAUUUUACCAAUUCCUGUUGAUUAUCAUUCAAUGUGUACCACAUCAGAGGGACGGUUGUUUCUCUGCGGUGGAUUUCUUGAUCAAAAUUCGCGAUGUGGUGAAACUUGUACGUCAUGUUCUACUGCAGUAUACUCUGUCUGGAUAACUGUUCCAAAACUUGAAUACUUGGCUUGGAAAACUUUGGAACGUCACUUCCCGAGCCUGGCCGCAUUGUCACGAAAACAAAUUAAAUCUCUCGGGAUUCCAUGGAAAUUCUUCUUAUCAAAAUUUAAAGAAUAAGUUUAUUGUUAAAGUCUAGAAUUUUAAAACCUGAUUAUGAAAAUUCAAAACCUCAAGUAUUAAUGCUGUUACUUAAGAUAAUUUUCAGUAUUUUAUUUAUUUAAUUUUGUUGUUAAUCAUAAUCUUGUUAUUUUUAGAAACUUAUCAACUCUAUUUGUUAUUUAAUCAUAAUA